AUGUCUACUAAAAACUCCGAUUCCAAGCGACCUCUUGUCAGAGAUCCCGAGGAAGAAGAAUACGAGCAACAAAACAAAGAAAUUGGUAAUGAAAUUCAGGUACAAAAAGAAAAGCCCACGAAAGCUUGCAGGAGCCGUUUAUUAGAAAGUGGCAUGCUGAAUAGAAGCUUAGUAGCUGCACCUUUCGAUGGAUCUACUUCUGGUGUAUCUUCCAGUUUUGGUUCUUCUUCCGCUAUUAUCAUUCAAGCUUCUUUGUUUACUUUCCAAAGCAAUGGAUCUUUUGACGUUACCGAGUUUGAACUAGCUUUAAAGGCUUUACCGAUGAAAGUACGAGCUAGCACCUCAGCGAUUUACAGAAUGCCUAUGGAAAGUUAA